AUGAGAAGCGUUAUCCGAGGAUGCUACCAAUGCGCCCGAGUGAGUCCUGUUCCUGCGAGUCAAUAUAUGGGGCAACUACCUCUAGCUCGAAUUACUCCAAGCCGCCCGUUCACUGCUAGUGGAGUGGACUAUGCCGGCCCAAUAUAUUUGAAACCUAUCCACAAGAGAGCAAACGCAGCGAAGGCAUACAUUUGUAUAUUUGUUUGCUUUAGUACAAAGGCCGUUCACAUUGAGUUGGUAAGCGACCUCUCCACGCCAGCCUUUAUAGCCGCGCUACGACGUUUCAUCGCCCGGAGAGGUCGUCCAACUGACAUCUUCUCGGACAACGGCAAGAACUUCGAGGGUGCCAAAAACGAGCUCAAGCACCUAUACCACUGGCUCGGAGGCAACGAAGGGGAAGCCAUUCAGCCACACUGCGCCAACGAAGGCAUCAAUUGGCACUUAAAUCCGCCAAAGGCUCCCAACUUUGGCGGUUUAUGGGAAGCUGCAGUGAAGGUUGCUAAAAAUCAUAUGUACCGCCAGUUGAGAAAUUCCCGUUUGUCAUUCGAGGACUUGAACACAGUCCUGACAGAAAUCGAAGCCGCAAUGAAUUCUCGACCAUUGGUGCCACUUUCCGAAGAUCCGAACGAUUUAGCCUGCCUCACUCCGGCCCAUUUUCUAAUUGGGUCGACAAUGCACUUCAUACCAGAAACCAAUAUAAUGGACGUUCAGAUGAGCAGAUUGAACCACUACCAAUCCAUGCAGCGUCUAUUCCAGCAAUUUUGGCAUCAUUGGCGCGGCGAGUAUCUGCAAGAGAUGCAAAAAUGCACAAAAUUAACCGGAGAAAACAAUGAGCUACGUAUUGGACGCCUCGUGGUAAUCGUCGACGAAUUUCAGCAUCCAGUGAAAUGGCCGCUCGCGAGAAUUCUCUUCAUCCAUCCAGGACCGGAUCAGCUUACGAGAGUUGUAACACUACGAACCGCUCGCGGCGUCCUAAAGCGGCCGAUCACUAAAAUUUGCUUGCUUCCUUGUGAAUCCUACGACGAGUCUGCAGCAAAUGGUUCAGCGCAUCGUGACACCAGUGUGAUGAGGCCGAUAAAUCACGAUAAUGAGCGGACGGCUUCAGUCGCUUCACGUUUACAUUGA